GCCCAUUAAAAUGUAAUGAACAAAUUGGCUAAUAACUGAAAAACACUUUUUUUCAGGUUAGAUGAAUUUUUGAAUGCAAGAAGCUCUAGAUUUUUAGGCUAGCACAAGACCACAGUCACCUCGAGUCAUUCAUCGCUGAAAAAAUUGUCUGUUGACAUUACUAAUGUAUGUAACUUGCAUGUGAUUAAAAUGUGCCAACUAUUUUUUUUAAUUCCCUUGUCAAAAAUUAGAUCAGUUACCAGAUUUUAGUCAUAUGCAACUGAUGUACAUGUUCAAAUUAAGUUAAUUCAAAUGACAGUUUCUCAGCGUUGUAGCUGAAAUUUAUCUUAAAUAAGGCCAUGGAUGGGGAAUAUCUUGUUUCUCCGUAUGUGUUGCAUUGUUAGUUAGUGUUCCCUGUUUGACAUUCCUCCAUGUUGCGUCUGUCUCCGAAACACACACACACACACACACACCUAUCAGCCUCGCAAGAUUUCAAUCAAAAGGUAUCAACUGUGGUUGAUGUCAUUUUUAUGUUCUGUCAUCUGCACCGGUUGAAAAAAUGAAACAAUCCUGUACAAAAAAGUACAGAUAACUGUUUUGAAAUGUAGGUUGUCAAACUAAAGUUAAAAAAAUAAUAAUUAACUACCCAUACCUGAAAAUUUACUUAUGUACAGUAAUGAAGUAUUUGUAGUUUGUUACUUCUACAAUGGGAAAUGCAUCAUGUGAGGAAUUAAUACAAUUUGGCAACAAUAUCUGUAUUUUGGAUAGAAAAGUGCAAUUAAACAUUUGCACAAAAUAGUGUGUCUUGAUUGAGUCAAAUCUAAUCAAUGAAGCACUGUCAUCUCUUGUAUGCAAAUUUCUUCAGAUCCUACAUGGUAAUAUAAAUGAAAGGAGAGCUAUAGCAAACCAUGAUUCACAUUUAUUAUAUAGUCCAGUCCAGUUAUGCUGCUACAAUGGUUGUAUUAUUGUGGAAGUAUUUUGCAGCUGUAUACAUCUCUAUUGUAUCAUACCGAAAGGUAUUUGGAAUAUUUUUGGUUACUAAGCUACAUGAAAGGAUCAGCAUAUUGGAAACACCUGUCAGUAUUAUGCAAUUCGUUGAAUAUUUUGGAAAUUGCUACACAACAGUUAAACCUAACAACUUCAAACCCCAGGACUCCACCCUCCACAAAGACCCCACUGUAUGCAAAUUUCAAGAGCCAGUAUUUGUAAACUACUCAGUUGAGUUUAGUGUUAAGCUUCCCUCCCUGGUUGGACAUGCUGGACAUUUUUAUUUGAAUAGCUGGGCCAGCGUUGGUUCCACCAUGGACAGCAUGUUUGACAAUCUUGCUAAAACCGAGUUCAUCAGCAUCUUUGUUGGAAACCCAAGGCUCCAAAAACAUGACCUUUGGCACACGCAUGUCGAUUAUGAAAUCUGUCUACACACAAAUAGCAUGUGUUUUCGCAAGAAAGCGUCAAUGGUGAGACGACGUUACAGAGAAUUUGUUUGGCUGCGACGUUGUCUGGAACAAAACGCUCUAAUCAUAGAAAUCCCCAAGUUGCCGCCCUGGAACCCUUUCUUCAGCAUGAGAAACGCAGAGCAGGUCAGACAAAGGAUGAAGGGUCUGCAGGAGUUUUUAGAAAUUGUUCUUCACAUGCCGUUGUUGUUGUCAGACAGUCGACUCCAUCUGUUCCUUCAGUCCGACCUCAGCACCAAAAAGAUGCAAAAGUGUGCUCUUGGCAAGACCAGGUACACUGUGGCCGAAGCUAUCCAGUGCUUCGACAGCGGCUGCCUCCCAACAUUGGAAGAUAAGGCCUCAUGUGAUUCGGACUGUGAAAGCUUCUCUUCGUCAGGCUUGGGCUUAAGUGUGGACAGCACCAUUCAUGGAAGUUCCCUCAACUUCGAGUCAUCUGACAGAGAGGCAGAAUUGUGCACUUGUGAUUUAGUCGCCCACAAAACAACUCGGUGAACCCUGAGGUUCAACAUCUAUGGACAAGUGGACCGUGUCAACCAACAUGCUACUUGUUUGGCUUCAGGGUGGUGACCAAAGGAAGAUGAGAUCUGCCAUUUGACAGCUUUCCAGGUGGGAGAAGAUGGCAAAUUAAUUACUAUAACACCCAAUUGCAGGAAAUCAUCUGCAAGAAACACGACAGCCUGACAGUGUGUGUGUGUGUGUGUGUGUGAGAGAGAGAGUGAGUAAAUGAGGGCCAGAGGUAGUGGACAGCUCUGUAAAUUGAAAGCUGAUGACAUAAGCGAAGGCUCAUUAAAGGAGACAGCAUUCGUCCCCUGUCCCACCUCACCCCUCCCAUCAACAGCUGGACUGGUGUGAGCUCGGCCUGUCCCGCAUCUCUCCCCGGAUGUGCACACAAGUCAUAAUGAAGCUGUCAGCGACUUCACACACACACCCUGAGAUGUAUACACACGACAAACACACUGGCGCCUUGGCUGAGAAAGUAUGGCAUUUGCAGCCAUACUAGUGUGAGGGCUGCACUCGAGUAAACAAAUAUGUUCCUCGUUUUAUUGUCGGAGGCACGAUCUCACUGUGUUAAGCUUAACCGUAUCGUGUCCUAUGAAAACCAAACAUGGCUGCUCAUUCAGAUGCAGCAAGUGGUGCCGUCUUUGUGUAGUCGUGUAUCUGCAUCUAUAGACAGUGAGGGGGAGCUAACAUUUAGAUAUUGAGCAUUCAGCGUACAUAUCUAUUUCAGCUUGGUAAUUUAUAACUCAAUUUCCAGUGUGCACUGAAGCACUUCAUACCUCCAAAACACCCAACAAAGGCCUAGCCCAAAUUGUAUUUCAAAGCAAUUAGGGUGUCCACUGAGUUGUGAAGGCACUGCCACGCAGACGCUCUGGGCCUGCGUGAUAUUUUUAAUUCUUCAUUUUCUGUCACAUUAGUCAACUUCGUGCCUCCAGACAGGUGAACUCUGACUGUCUGACAAAAUGACAGCGAUCGUGCGCCCACGUCUUGACGUGGACAGGAUUUGAAUGUAUAAGUGUCAGGGUUAGAAGCUUCUGCCUCUUAUGUGAUGAAAUAAAUUCCAAGAUGGAUCUAAUGGAGUACAGACCACAAAAUACUAUAUCUUGCAAGACCUCAACUCAGUGAUGGUCGAAAGGCAAGUAGCUUUAUUCUAUUUUAUUUCUGUUUAUACCUGCAUAAAAGCCAAGUUAUGUUAAAAAAAAGUGCUUAAACAGCCCCUAUCAAUAUUUUUCCACCUUUUAUUGAGCCGAGGCUCAUAUUUGACAGAAAAAUCCAAAUCUACUGCACACCGUCAAACAAAAAUUGUACAUGUUUGAAAUGAGCUUGUCCAUUUAUUGCUAAAUCUGGGCCUGUUGAGCACAAAGCUAUUCAAUUGUAUGAAUGGCAACAUGUGGUCACAUAGUACACUCAUUGUACACUCUUCUGCACUCCAGCAGAAGAGCACCUAAGUGUUCUGCCUGUCACGAGACGUCACUGACAUAA